AUGGUCAAUGAAUGUUGCACAAAUGAAUUAUGUGUUCGGAGAGAUACACAAUUACGUUUAGCACGACUACGUGAAGAAUUAUUGUCUAAUUUUAAUUCACUUUUAAUUGAUCGUAUUCGUUUUCUUGAACAAACAGUCAAUCGAUUAUCAUUAAUAUCAUCAUCAUCAUCAUUAUCUUCAUAUACAACGACAUCAAUACCAGUACCAUUAACAGAUAAACUUCAACCUCCAGAAAUCGUAAUAACAGAUCGACUUGCCGUACCAUCAUCAUCACUUCGACGUAGUACAUCAGAAACAACUCAUUUUCUUUAUACACCUGAUGAUCCAAAUUCAAUUGGAUCAGUAGGAAAUUUACGUACAUGUCCAUCUAGUGAUGAUUUAUCGAAUAAUAGUGAACGACGAAAAUGGUUUUUAGCAAUAAAAACAUCACUUUGCACAAAAGAACGAGCAUCGUUAGGAUGUAAUAAUGAUUAUUUAUCGACACCUGUUAUACAUCGACAAUGGGCACGUUCAGCAAAUGAUAUUUCAUCGAGUUCGAAUAUGAAUGAAAAAACACGAUUAGAAUCAAGACGUUUUGCAACUGAUGUUGAUGAUAAUGAUGUACGAGCAUUUAAAGCAAUGGUCUAUACGGAACAAGCUCGAAAGCAAAAUGCACGACCAUUAACACGUUUACGACACGCAUUAGGUAUACCCAAACAAUAG